AUGAUAGACCGCUUCACCAAAUGGCCUGAGGAGAUCCCGAUCAGAGACAUAACAGCGAACACGGUCGCCAACGUCUUUUUCUCUCAUUGGAUAGCGCGUUUCGGAUGCCCCAAACUGCUCAUGACUGACCAAGGCACGCAGUUCGAAAGCGCGCUUUCGCGUUUGAUUGGCGGCAAACGAAUCCGAACGACAGCGUACCACCCGGCAGCUAAUGGACUAGUCGAGAGAUGGCAUCGGACCUUAAAAGCGGCUAUUAUGUGCCACCAAAUCCCUCAAUGGACACAAGCGUUACCUUCUGUCUUGUUGGGACUGAGAACGUGUUUUAAAGAAGAGCUCAAAGCAUCGCCCGCGGAAUAUCUCUACGGAACCACACUUCGAGUCCCUGGCGAGUUCUUUACGAACGGAGAUCCAACAGUGGACACAAAUUCUUUCCUUGAGGACUUCCGUACAUAUAUGCGGAAGAUUAGACCAGCACCUACUACUCACCAUUGCCGACAGAAGACAUUCUGCCACAAGGAUUUGGCCACGUGCACUCACGUCUUCAUGAGAGUCGACGCAGUCAGACGACCACUCGAUCACCCUUACUCCGGCCCGCAUAGGGUUGUUAAGCGCAUAGACGAACGAGUAUUUACGAUUGACGUUAACGGCAAGGAGAUUAACGUUAGUAUUGAACGGCUUAAACCAGCGCAUUUGGCAAGUGACGACGUUUUCGGCAGCACAUCGCACAGACGAGUAUUCAACAAGCCGAACGCACCGCAACAGCCAGCAACAACAACGAGCCUGCCACUGCAACACGAAGUACACCAUAGGCCUGCAAAUAACAUUCGACUUUAA